GGAUCAAGGAAGCGGCGUCUUUUUAACACCCCCCCGUAAACAUUUGAAUUCCUCAUUGUGAGCCACGUUCGCUCUGCGUUGUGUGGGACGCGCGGCUCGCAAUGGGAUCUUUUUCUCUUCUUCUUCUUUAAUGUAACUUAACCGCGGAAGCAGCAGCAGUUUUUUUUUUUUUGGACCGGAAUGUUCGACGCCUCUUCGCAGCGGAUUUACAAAUCCUCCCCGGAGCCGGUGAUGGAAAUCAGCACCCUGGACAGAGACUGAGCAGCAUUUCAGCACCCUGGACAGAGACUGCGCGUCCACUGGAGGCAGUGGAGAGGCUGGCACGUGGCAAGAGGAGAAGGGCGGGAUGGAUCUUCAAACCGACGUAAGAGCCUCCCCCCAGGGAAGCUGGCGUCGGACGCUAGGCCUCAUGGGCCGUUGACCUACUGUCUGUGUGAUUUAUGGCGACUGGGGGCCUCUGGCCACUGCAGACUCCUCUCCUCCGUUUCCCCCCGCGCACACUGCAGGAUUGCACGGAGCCACACACACUGCACCACCGUCUGCGGGAGCAUUCGAAGAGGAAUCCCUCGCGCACGCCCAGCUGCAGCACGCGCGCCCAUACAACCGCCGUCUCACACAGAAAUAAACCCGUCCAUAAACAUUUCCACACCGCUGCACCGCGCUCCGGAUUCCCUUCGCACGUGCAUAUAUUACCGAGCCAGCGCUAAGAGUAUUGUGCGUGGACGACUGGCAGUCAUGGCGUGUCAGCUGCUGUAGAGCCGGUGGUUCUAGCUGCUGCUCGGGGGGGGGUAGAGGCGGAUCAAUGGAAGUGCGUUGAGUAAUGAGGUGAAGUUUCCUGUUUUGCCUUGGUCUGAGAGCAAUCAGCAGCCAGCAUCUCCCCACUGACUCACGCGCUGCUCUGCUUGCACUGUGCAGUAACCGUCCUCCUCCACGGACUGUUAGCGCAGCGAUUAUAGUGCCGCUCUGGUAUCAGACACACAAGUCAGACAUUUGCUCCUCUGCACACCGGGACGUCGGACCACCUCGAAUAUAUUUCAAUACAUCUGUAGAGGUUUGGAGUGGACACGGGGAGAGUGUUUACCUUCUGGACUCUCUUUGCUCUUCAAAGCGGGGAACUGAAACGUAGAGCAAGCAGACGGUGCCCUCGCCAUGGUGUUGCCACCCCCAGACAAACGCCACGUGUGCCUGACCACCAUCGUCAUCAUGACCAGCAUGGCCUUCAUGGACGCCUACCUGGUGGAGCAGAACCAAGGUCCCAGGAAGAUCGGCGUGUGCAUCAUAGUGCUGGUGGGGGACGUGUGCUUCCUCAUCGUGCUGCGAUACGUGGCGGUGUGGGUGGGCGCCGAGGUGCGCACCGCCCGCCGAGGCUACGCAAUGAUACUUUGGUUUCUGUACAUCUUCGUCCUGGAGAUUAAGCUCUACUUUGUCUUCCAGAAUUGCAAGGCAGACAAGAAGAGUUUAGAGACGGUGGCGAGGAAGGCUUUGACGUUGUUGCUAUCGGUGUGUGUGCCGGGCUUGUACUUGGUGCUCGUGGCUUUGGACAGUAUGGAAUACGUGAGAACUUUCCGGAAGAAGGAAGACAUGAGGAGCCGUCUAUUCUGGGUGGCUCUGGACCUGCUGGACCUGCUGGAUAUCCAAGCCAACCUGUGGGAGCCCCAGCGGACGGGCCUGCCCAUCUGGGCCGAGGGCCUGAUGUUCUUCUACUGCUACAUUCUGCUGCUCAUCCUGCCCUGCGUGUCGCUCAGUGAGAUCAGCAUGCAGGGGGAGCACAUGUCGCCGCAGAAGAUGAUGCUGUACCCGGUUCUGAGCCUGGUCACCAUCAACGUGGUGACCAUCCUCAUACGAGGUGUGAACAUGGUGCUGUUUCAGGACAGCCGCGUUUCCACCAUAUUCGUGGGGAAGAACGUGGUGGCCAUCGCCACCAAGGCGUCCACCUUCCUGGAGUACCGGAGGCAGGUGAAGGAGUUCCCGCACCCGCAGAACGCCAUGGCGCUAGAGCUGCAGCAGAACAGCCACACGCAGCCGCUGCCCAACGCCACCAGUUUGCCACACGAACCCUCGCCGGUGCAGGACGUCAUCGACACAUGACCGCCAGCGGUGGACUGAGCGGCGUUAGGAAGGGACUGCUUUUUUUUUAAUGAAAGCUGCAGAACUGGAGGCGGAUGGAGAAAUCAGCUGCAUGACAGGACGAUAUUCUGCACUUGUCGAGCCCACACAAACUGCUGUGAAACCGUAAAAGAGAUUUUCAGCAUCACCUGCCUGUCAGAACAUACUGUAAACCUACACUUGACUCUGAGUGCAGCGCGCAGACUUUGAAACAAAGUCAAAGGUUUUUAUCGUGCCGUUGUGUUUUUAAUUGUUUCAAAAGUUCAGUCUUUAUUAGAGGCAAUCUCCACAGUGCAAAGCCCGGUGACAUUAUGUUGUGUAAAACGGACAGUUAGUCCCCUCCAUGGUGAACAUCUUGUAUUUUAUUUUGUUUUUUUAAAAGGGUCUCUUUUUCAACAGUGGCAUAUGUGGCAUUUCCUUUGAAUUCCAGCACCAAAGGACGAACCACUCGAGGCGGAGCUCUGAUGGAGAGUGACAAGGGUCCGUCACGGGUCUGUGACGUGCUGGAGCGAGGUCGGUGACAGACGAAUGCUUCUCCUUCUGCGUUUGGCACCAGCGCUCAGCACUGUACCUCCCGCUGCAGGCGUCUGAGCGCGUGUGUGUGUGUUUUAUUGUGUCUCUCUACGUGCACCCACGCGAUGCCGUAUGGAGCAUUUGUUUGUGUUCAGCAAAGGAGGUUUGGGUUAUUCCAAAUCGUUUUGGAACGGAUGUGAAGGGUUGAAUAGGAAAUGUGACAAAGUAUGUAGUGAUGUCAGAAAAAUAGAAUUGUUUUCUGUAUUGUACAUUCCUCUAAAACUAGCUGAAGCCUUGAAGUCAGAUAAUGCAGAGAGUCCAGAGAACGGCGCACUGAAGAAUUGACAAAAAGAAAAAGCAGAAAUACUAUAACACACAAAAAUAAAAUACUUUUCUGAUAUAUAUUCAGUUUAUCAUUAUUAUGGUUAUUAUUACCACCAUCAUUAUUAUGUACACUCUUUACUUGUUGGAGGCCAAUGGUGUUUUAAUAAACGUAUGUAUAAAAGAAUAAUAAUGAGAGCUUGGGUUCUUUUUUUCCCAAAUUGUUUGUUACUUUAGGUUCUCUCUCCUUAUACAACAGCAUUUAUUUAGCAAGCAACCAUUUACUAUGUAAAGCAAUGUCUCCUUGAGUCCCUUUCCUCUGUGUUGUAAUCAGAGCGUCUCUACUUUGUUGACAAGCGAUGCACAAGCGAUGAAAAUGUAUGAACCUCUUCCUUUUAUAAUCUCUUUCCUUUUUCUUCCGAGCCAUCUUUAAUGUCCCGUUUGCUUUUGUGUUCCAUAAAGGCUCAUUUUCUCUGCACUGACACGAUGUACGUUAUCACAUUUGACAGCCCGUGCAUCGCCUCCAUGUUUCCACUUAGAGUUAUGGUGGGAGAUAGAGAAGUCAGCCACACUUUACAGUCAUAAGGUUAACUGCUGAUCUCAGCUUACAGAGACACAGUCCAUUAGCGGUCGGCUGCAGUGACAAAGAGGCCCUUCUUUAAAAGAUCAUUCUACUUUCCUUCACAGGAAAUUUCAAAGGAUAAUUUCUACCAGAAUGUGACCGACUUUGCUGCAAAGACCCGGACAAACUUCAGUCGUGAUGAUUCACAAAGGGUACACGUUGUAUGACUGCAUCCCAUUUUUACCUAUGAAGCUAUUAUUAAUUUACCAGCUCACUCGCAGGGGAUAAAACCGCACAACAGACAGAGUAAUGACGCAAGUAGGUUUGCUUACUUUACUGCCAAAGUAUCCUCAGCAGAUCGGAGAAAGAUAUUCCAGCAGAUUUAUUUUAUUUAAGUCAGAAAAUGUGGUAAGUUGGAAAAAGUCUCAAGUUACAGUAUAUUUGCAAAAUAUGUCAAAUACACAGAGAGAAAAAACACAAUGAAGUUAAAGCUCUGCAAGAAACUAAAAACGCACAAUAACGCAGCGUUUUCUUAUCCCCAUCCAUGAUAUUGUUGCUUUGAGCUCAUCACAGAAUCAGUUUGCGGCUUACGGCAUCUUCACACACUGUUAGUAUCUUCUCGGGAGUUUCUGUUGUAAAAAUAUAUCAAUUAUUCUUGCUGGAGUAUUGAGUGUUUCUGGCAUCCAGUUCAUCCUGGUUGUCCGUUUUCAGUCGGGCUUCGGACAGUGUAGUUUAACACAUAUUUGUCUAGUAUUUGUAAAGUCUUCAUAACUUUAGGAAGUUGUUUAUAUGGUUUGUUGAAAAGGUUUGAUUUGAUUUAUAUGGUAUUUUCAUGUAUCUUUUUAUUCGUGUAUAUUUACAUUGGCAUGACCAAAGCAAACAGGGAGAGACACAAGAUAAUCACAUUAUUAUUUGCAGAUAAUAUUUGAAUUUGGGAUAUUUAGGAUUAUUCCAGUCUGUAGUGUUUGGCCAUGGUUCCUGUUGGUUACAAUAAAAUUGUACUCACCGA